ACACUUGGCUUUAUGGAUCCUGACGGUCUGAGCCAAACGAAACCGAGAGAAAAAAAAAUUCUAUAUCACGUUUUUGUAUUGAAAUGUACAUAUUUGAAAAUUAAUCCUUACUUUUCAUUUAAAUCCAAGUGUGAUAGCUCAAAAUGUUUGCUGUUAUUCGGAAUCCUUCAUCCUGUGAAGUGUUAAGGUUUAUAACUGUUAGAAUUGAACAUGAGGCGUUACGACACUAUGCUAGUGCCAAUCGCGUGAAGCCUUUUAAAAAAGUUGACAUCUCAAACAAAGCUAGAAACGAAGCUAAAGCUUUACAAAUGCGAAUGGAAGUGGCUGCACAGGAAGAAGCUAUCACGUCUGGAAAAAGUGUCGACGCUGUCGGUCAGUCAUUAGCGAGCAGAGGAUACCUUCGACCUGUGAAACCAUAUUCUCCUCCAGACGAUGUUCAAGUAAAAGUACUUGAACUAGCAAAGGCUUUGAAUAAGACAAAUUUGAAGGAAAAAUUUAGUAAUGUUGAAGAAAAAUUUACAUUUCUCUCUGCAUGCCAAAGAGCCUUCAAGCAUGCUGUUCCGAAUUCCCAGCUACACGAAAUUACGUCCAUUGAUGAUACUGUAGCUUUCUACCAAAAACCAGUUGAUACAACGUUGCCACUGGAAGCGCUAAAAACGGUUGAUUUGCCAGAAAACCUUUUUAUUCAACAUGAGUACAUCAGAUUUCAUCCGGAAACUGACACCAUGUUUGGAGGAAAAUCAGCAUUUCCAAAAAGUUCUACUGUGGUGACAGGAUUAAAAUAUAAAGACAAAUAUCGUGGACAUGCAGCAAAAAAGUGUUGGCCUUAAAAUCACUGACUUAAAUAAAAGUGAAUAAAUGCGAAA